AUGAAGAGGAUUCUAGUAUUCCUGUUGAUCUCCUACCUGUCCGCGUGUCUGGCGAAUCCGUUGGAGAAGCUCGACAAGAUCAGCGUCCUCGAGCAGCAGUCUGUGACGCUAACGGAUCGAGCGAAAUACGAGGAGGAGUUGCUUCGUAAAUUGAACUCCAAGUGCUCUCAGAACGACGUGAGUAGCUGUGUGAUGCUGAAGCUUGUGACGUACAUGAACAAACUGCUGAAGAAGGCGUCGAUCGAGUUGACCGACGACAUCGAGAUCAGAAAAACUAGCCAAGCGUCCGAGGAGGUGAUCACAUUCGAAGCUGGUAGAAGCAAAGACGACGAAUCCGAGGUCCUCGACCUUGUAGCGAACAAGGUGUACGCGUUCGUCAAGUCUAGAAGCAUCAAAUGGAGGAUUCUUCCAGAAGACGACGUCGUUGUUUCCGCCUCGGAGGAUGAAAAUGGCUCGUUGAAUCUAGGCCUCUCCAUCGAACGAGCGGAUAAUGUUCCUGUUCAGGAUGGUCGUGGGAAGAAGAACAAUAACAUGGGGCCGCUGAUCGCUGCUGCGGUGCUGAAGAUCGGUCUGAUCGGUGGCUUGGCAUUUAAGGCACUCGCACUGUUGGUCGGCAAAGCGCUUCUUCUCUCCAAGAUCGCUCUCCUCCUGGCUGGUAUUAUCGGCCUGAAGAAAUUGUUCUCGCAACAGAAGCACGUGACGUACGAAGUGGUCGCACACCCUCAUCACAGCUCCAGCCAUACCUACAGUUCGGACCAUGGACACGGUGACAGUUACUCGAGCGGAUGGGCCAGAAGUUUCCAUGGUCAGAGCACGAUUUCCGGGCAAACGGACGCCCACGAUUUAGCCUACUCGGCCCAUGCUAAAUGA